AUGGAGCCGCCGCUGCUCAACGGAAGCACCACCUCCCCUCAGGACGACUCGCAUCCCACCGAAAGCAACGACGGCAGUCCCCCCGGCGCCGGCGGCCAGAAGCGCCAACGCGCAAAGCAGGCGUGCGAACCAUGCCGCUUGCGCAAACGCCGCUGCGACGGCAAUCUCCCUUGUAACAUGUGCUCGCAAUUCGAGUAUAAAUGUUACUUUGAGAAGCACCCGCGCAAACGGAGCAAACUCGUCGAGCAGAACGAGGCCCUGCACGAUGGGCUUGUGAAUCAUCAUCAUCAUCAGCAGCAGCAGCAGCAUCAUCAUCAUCCCGCCAGUGUGCGCGAUGACCGGCCCACGCUGGAGGAUGCGACGAAGAUGCGGUCGAUGGAGGCGAAUUCCGGUCUCGCGUUCACGAGACUGCUGGGGUUGAGGUUGGAUCCUAGCUCGGGGCCGAAGUUGUUCACGUUUGCUUGGAACGUCGGAAGUCGCGUGGAUCAGCUGCCUUCGCUGCCGUCGAUCACGGACUUCCUGGCGCAGGAUCAAAUGUACAUGCUUGCGAAGCAUUACUUUCUGAACGUGCACCCGUUGUAUGGCUUUCUGGACCAGAAGUCCGUGAUGGAGCAGCUGGGCUUCCGCUGGGCGAGACCGGACGUCUGUACGCUGCCGGAUCAUUUGUUCGCUGGGAUCGCGGCGAUGGGGAUGCUGUGGUCGGACGGGAGUUUGAACGCCGCAUUGCCACAGAUUGUGGAUUUGGCGAAGCGGUCGCUGGAGGGGACGAGCACGAUGCAGCCGCCGUGUUUGACGGACGUGCAGUCUUGGAUCUUGCGCGUACUGUACCUCCGCUCCACGGACCACCCACACGCGGUUUGGAUGGCUACGUGCACGACCAUGCAUUUGGUGGAGUCGAUAGGGAUUUACCAGGAAACGAGCAACUCCACCCUGCACCCGCACGCCAGAGACCACCUGUAUGACCCCGAAAUCCGACGGCGCGUCUUCUGGGUCGCGCGCAUGCUGAACACUUGGGUCUCGUUCGAAUACGGCCGCACGCGCGUCUGCCUGCGCGGCAUCACCUGCGGCAUGCCGACCGCGCAGGAGAACGACUACACCAACGACUACAUCAACCUGUACAGCAUUUCCUGCUGCCUCGAUCCGGACCGCACCAACCAGGCCGGACAGCAAUGGGAGGACUUCCUCAAGCAGCUCGAGGAUUACGAAGUCCGGCACGACGGUAUCAUGCUCUCCAAAGCCAACCUAGCCCUCUGCGGAUACCGCCGCAUCCGCCUAGCCAACCCCACAAUGUCCUCCGAAAUCACCAACCGCAUCAUCAACAUCGCGCUCAAAGGGCUCGAAGCCGCGCGCCGCAUGGCCGAGCGUCGCAUGCCAUGGUGGCACGUCGGUAAUGUAACAUUCCAAUGCAUCUGCGUCUUCCUCGCCAUGGACUCACGGGAAAGUCUCGCCCACGUCGCGACGGCCAUGCGCACGUUGGAGGAGGUGGUGGAGCGUUUCCACACUGUGGCUAUGCGGGAGGCGCUGAAGACGGCGCGGUUCCUCGUGCGGUUGGGGAAGAAGAGGAAGGAUGAGGAUUCGGUUGUGUUGGGUCAGAGUCUGAGGAAGGAUGGGCUGGAGUGUGACCCGCCGCAGUUGGAGAAUCUGAGGAAUGAGCAGAUGGCGCGGUCGCACAGCAGCAGCAGUCGCCGCAUGGGAAUGGAGGGCACGCCGAUGACGACCAGCAGUGGCGAGGACUGGAAUAUGGAUAUUUUGAAUAAUUCGGAUUUCGACUGGAACUACUUUCUGACGGCCGAUAUGCCUGCGUUUCAGAGUUUUGCGCCGGAAGGGACGAUGUAG